CGUCAAAUGACGCGACGUUAAAUGACCUUUCGUACACGUUGGUUACAACGUCAAAGUACAAGAUAAAGCAGUAUGCACCAUAUUGUCAACUGGUACACAAUGUAUGCACACACACUACAGAACAUACUUCGCAGCAAGUAUAACAUCAAUGAAGAGCUACACGCCGAGGGCAUAUUUGUGGCCCGUCAAGGCGGCACCAUGAAAGCAAAUAGUCUGUUCAGUAUCGGGAUUGGUGAGAGGUUUAUAGUCGUCGCCGGCAUCAACCCCCGUGGACCGGAGAUCGACUACAAUCCGGUGUCUCUCACUCCGGUAGGUCUGGCCGGUGUCACGUACAAAAAUGCCAGCACAAUUGUUACAAUCUCCAGUCCGCUCAAAGGCAAGAAUUCCUUUCAGUUAAUCAGCAGUAGCAAGGCCGCCGCUAUAUGGGAUGAUUUCACCACCGCCAUUGAUUACCUGGCGUCUAAAUUAAGCGGCGACAUUUGGUGCAGCGCACUUAGUACUUCAUCAUCAUCAUCAUCAUCAUCAUUAUCAGACGCCUCUGUGGAUGCAAAACAUGAUUACAGACGUCUGCCUCCGCAAAUUUUUCCCACGGCAGAUAGAAGUUUCAGCUCUAUUUCAUUGCCCGAUAUGGUAUGUGGAUCAAUCAAUGCCAAGCACGCGGCGUGCCAUCAGCAUGUUAAGAGAGGUCCCAGUUUGGACUGUGUUUACGUGUCUUUUGACAGCUUCAUCAAUGAUGAUACCAACCUAAAUGCAGCAAUUCAACAGGAAGACUUAACUGCGCCCGAUACAGAUAUUGCGCAAAAUUGCGGGCAACUAACCGACGAGCGACGCACGGACAUGUCAAGCAAGCAGCCCAGUUUACUUGAGAGGUUCCUUCGCUUCUUUACCUGCUGUAUAAGCAAGCGCUGACUUGUUAGCAUUAAUAUAUGAUAUUUUAAUCGAGAAAUGACAUUUUCACAUAUUUGUUUAUGGCAAUAAACUGAUUGCAUCAACACA